UCUGAUCACGGCACCACCAUGAGGACCGUUCUGCUGAUUUGCUUCAUUUCUCUGGCCUUUGCCGAUGAAUAUGCCAGAAUCGUGAACUACCAAUCCAGAAUUGAUGAAGACGGGGCAUACAAAUCCACGUUCGAGACGACCAACGGCAUCAAAGCAAGCGAGGAAGGCAUCUCUUACCCCGGCAACGUCCCCAACACCGGCAACUACGUAAGGAGCGGCUCUUACUCGUACGAAUGGGAGGGCGUCACCUACACGGUGAACUGGACUGCCGACGAGAACGGCUUCCACCCUGUUGGGGACCACCUGCCCGACUUCAGCCACACCAGACAACAUAUCGGCUAUGUAUCCGACUAUGAAUAACGCGUAAACAAUUAGACAUAAAAUGGUGUGGCAGCGGAACGUUUGGUGGAACUUGUCUUCGAUAUGAGCUUAAGUGACGUUGUGUAGUCAUGUGCUGGUGUCCUGUCACGGUCAACUGUGUAAAUACUGUGUGUCUUUCAAUGUUAUUUGUCGCCAUCAAUGCUGCCAAUAGAACUCCGCG